AUGCGUUUGACGCUUCGGGAGAGCAAAGGACAAUCGCGAGUCAAGUCGAGCGAAGGAGAGUCCAGAGGCGGCAGAAGAUCCUGCUGCGACCUGCUGAACGCACCCGAGACGAUGACGCAGGAGGAGAUCAGCACGUGCACCGGCCUCGGCAUCAGCAAUUGCGGCUGCGACGCGGCGACGCACUUCGUGCCGGCCCGUCGGCGGCUGCCCUUCGCCAGUCCCGAGCCCAGCAAGGAGUGGCAGGAGGCCGAGCUCGACGACGAGCUGUUGACACCUCGCCAACGACAGCACAAGACGGUCGUCUACUUUGGCGAUUCGGCCAGGCGAUCGAAGCCGUCUUACAAGCCGGCCGCCAGCAACGACGAUUCUCCCGAUAGCCAAGCGAUUGACAACAACAACAAGGGCGAGCGCAGAGUUCCUCGAGGUACGGACGCGGCGGCGGCUUCGAUCGUCCUCGGGCUCGAGCCCUCGAGGAAGCAAGUGAUGCGCAUCCUCGGCCAUCACGCCAACGUCGUCGCGCCUCCUCGUCCAGCCAACGAGGCCGAUUGGAGUUUCGUACAGCACUGGAGAGUCAAAGGGACGAACGAGGGCAGCGGAGCCUCGCCGACGAGUAAGGGUUCGUCCGAGCCGUCGUCGCAGCAGCAUCGUCGGCUCGUCGCACCGAAGACAGCAGCAGAGGGAAGCGCAGGGAUGCAGCAGCAGCAGCAGCGAUGCGGCACCGAACGGGCCACACCCAUCUCCAUCGGAGCAUCCGCUCGACAGGAGCAUCUUCGAGCAUCCCAGCGGCCAGCAGCGAGGGGCAGCUUCGGGACGCGCAACAGCAGCUCGUCCGACGAGAACCGAUCCUCGGGCCACGCCAGCAUGUCCGAUCCCGGCGACCGAACCAGCAGCAGUCAGGGUCGGCCUCCUCCUUCUCUGUCCUCGUCCUCGACUCCGUCCGUGAGCAACUCGUCGUUGCUCGUCCCGCUGACGCAGGACGCAGCAUCCUCGGGACCGUCGCGUCCUCAACGACCGCCUUGGAAAGGCUCCGGCCUCGAAGACGUUCGACUGGCCGUGCAACGACUGAGCCUCGUCCCCUCCUCCUCCAGCUCCAACCGCAGCUCCUCCUCCUCCUCCUCCUCCUCAUGCUGCUCGCCCUACUCGUCUUCGCUUCGUCCCCAUUCAGCCAAGGAGCCAGCACGACUGGCCCGCCAUACCUCGGCCGAGACGCUGCUCAGCGUAGCCGCCGACGACGAGUUCGUCUGGCUCGAGGCCAGGUCUCGGCUGGUCGAGCUGCUCCGGCCACCCUGGGACCAGCGGGACGUGCUGCGGCUGCUGCGCCACGGCUCCCGCACGGCCCCCGACUCGGAGCCGCUGCUGAGCCGGCUGGCCCCGGACGCCCUGCCGAGGCUCUCCUACCUGGCGCAGCGAGGCCUGGUGCGGCUCGGCCGGGAGGCGCGCCGACUCUCCCAGCCGCUGGGCCUCUGCGGCCGACAGCAGAUCCUGGGCGCGCUGCGCAUCGUCCUCUGCCCGCGGCUGGCCGACUCGUGCGCCAAGGCGUGCCUGCGAGCCGCCGCCAUGUUCGCCGCGACGCCCCCGAGCUCGGAGCAGCUGCGCCAGCCUCGGGGCCUCAGGGCGGGCCUCCAGCUGAGGGUGGGCCGCUUCGCCGCCUGGAUGCUCGGGGCCCGGCUCGGCCGCAUGGUCCUCGAUCAGGCGGCCCUCUACCUCACCGCCGCCCUGGAGAACCUCCUGGAGGAGUUGCUGCUGCUGGCCAAGGACGCGACGACGACGACGAGCGAACGCCUGACCGCCUCGGGGCUGGAUCGGUUGCUGGCCUCGAGGCCCGAGUUCGCCGGCCUGCUGCAGCCCUGGUCCCACCUGGGCCCGGGCCCCAAGCCCCCACGGGCCGACUGCUGCGAGCCGGAAGCGCUCCAGGCCACUUGCGUCGGCUCCGUGCGACAGCUUCGACAUCUGCUGGCUCGGCUGGAGCCGCUCUAUCCGCUGCCGCUGACCUCCGAGGCUCUGCGGGCCCUUCACUAUCACAUGCACUGCUCUCAGUUGGACUCGGUGGGAGAGGCGGACGUGGAGCUGGAGCACGAGCGAGCCUACGAGACGUUGCCGGGCCUCGGCGAGUGGCUCAGGGUCGCCAGCGGCCACGCCGAGCAGCGCAACUCUCGCUUCGUCGACGCCGACGACAUCGGCCAGGCGGCCCGACUGCUCCUGGCCGGCGUCGACCAUCCCGUGCGCGGCCUGGCCGAGUCGAGCUCCUCCUGCCUCGACUACCGCGACGACGAGCCCGAGUCGGCCGAGCGCGUGCUGCGCCGGCUGAGCCUCGAGGCGGCCUUCAAACUGCUGACCAGUGGCCGGCCGAAGCUCGUCUCGCUGGCGUCGGGUCUGUUGCCGAGCCCGGCCGGCCUCGACGCGCUCAACGAGCGAGGACUGACGGCCCUCAUGCUGGCCUGCCUCGAGGCCGACGAGCAGGCGGUGCGGGCCCUGCUGGAGGCCGGCGCCGAUCCCAACGUCGAGACUCCCCCGGGCGGCGAGACGCAGCACUGGACGGCGCUGACCUACGCGGCGCUCAAGGGCCACUGCGCCAUCGCCAAGAUGCUGCUGGACCGAGGCGCCUCGGUCGAGGGUGGCGCCCGGCCCGGCGAGGACGAGUCCACCGUGACGCCCCUCCAGGCCGCGGCUGCCUCCGGCGAGGCCCGCCUCGUGUCUCUGCUGCUGGCCCACGGGGCUCAGCCCUUCCUCGCGACUACUCUGCAGCAGCAGGACAGCUUCGGCUACUGCAGCACCAAUUGCAGCAGCAGCGCCGUGUCGGUGGCAGCGGCGCACGGCCAGCGCGACGUCCUGCGCCAACUCUUGUCGCACCCGCUCAACUUCUCGACGAGGCGCAACGAGAGGCAGGUGCUGUCCCUCGAGGAGAUCCUGGCCGAGGACGAGCAGCAGCAGCAACAGCAGCAACAGAGCGAAGAGUCGCCGAUGCGCUUCAGCAAGGCCCAGCUCAAGGUCCUCCAGGAGGCCAUGUACCAGAGCGCCGAGAACGAGCACCUCGACGUCACCAUGGAUCUGCGCUCGCUCGGGGUCGCCUGGAGCCUCCACUGCUGGAUGCAGAGCCUCGCCACGGCCCACGAGGCCCGGCUCGACGCCCUCGUCGAUCGGCUGCUGCGCGACUUUAUGCGCGUCUUCCUCGACGACUGCUCCAAUUGCCUCGUCGACGACUGCCUGCCUCUGCUCUGCGACAUUUUCCGCUUCAGCGAGAAGGAAUCGACGAUUCUCUUGCUGGCCGACAUAUUUUGCGCCUGCUACGGCUGGGAGCCGAUCGAGCCCGUUCAAGCGGCCGGCAACGCCACGUUCCCGAGCGACUCCAGAAUCGACGCCAAGUUCGUCAACAAUCCCGAGCUGAGCGACGUGCAGUUUCGCGUCGAGGGCCGACUCUUUUACGGACACAAGAUUCUCCUGGUCACGUCCUCGCCGCGAUUUCGUCGCUUGUUCGACUCGACGACGUCCAACGAUCGAGCCACUGCGACGACGACGCCUAUCGUACAAAUCAAUGACAUUCGUUAUCACAUCUUUCAGCUGGUCAUGGAAUUUUUGUACCACGGUCGAAUCACCGGACGCCAAGUUAAUCACAACGAUCUCAUGGAAUUAAUGGCCGCGGCCAAUUUCUUUCAACUCGACGGACUGCUGCGCUUUUGCGAAAUCGAAACUACCAAGAUACUCGAUUUGGAUAACGUCGUUUCCAUUUACGUACACGCCGAGAUCUAUAAUGCCGCACGAUUGCUCGAGUACUGUCAAGGUUUUUUACUUCAAAAUUUUGUCACUCUAUUAACCCGCAAUGAAUCGGUUAAAAGAUUACUGUUUUCGAAAAAAUUGCCCAACCAUGACGUACUCUCCGGGCUUUUGGCGACGUUGCAACGCAGAGUGAGGGCAAAAAGGCCAUAGUUACUCGACAGCAUCGAAAUAUCAUCGAACAUUGUAAAAAAAUCAUAA